UAGUGCACUCAUGAGGUGGAGUGCAAACCAGUGCAAUUUCAAGCAAACAGAUGGGUCAUGAGGUCACAGCCUCUGGGAGUAAUCUGGCUGGUAGACGGUCCACCUUGGUUGGCAUGUCAGUAAUCACUCCGCGCCUUGUAAUCCUCCCCAACGAGCUUCGGUGCUGCUGGACCUGAGUGUAAAACAGAGCUGCCUGACUGCUAUUACUCAUCUCGAGUUCAUGUGAUAAGAAGAAUGGCAGGCUGCUGGACUUUGGCCUCCUUUCGGUGGAGGAUAUUUUUUCCGCAUCUACUCUGAGCUGAGGAAGGAAGUUGGAGAGGGUUUUUGUUCUCGAUUAACUGCUGAAUUGUGUUUUCAGUUCAAAGACAAACUAGGAUAUAUCAUCUGAACCAAACUGGAGCUAAACACACAUCAGCAGGAAAAAUAUCAGGUUACUUUUUAACUUGAUGUCACGGAUGACCCAGGCAGGGAGACGAGGAGGCGGACACAGGUGCAGGCUUUACAAACUGGCAUGAGCAUUUGUGAAGGAGCAUGGACACGUUCGCCCUCGCCGCUCUCCUGCUUUUCAUCUCUGGGGGGGUAAGUGCUGAAGUGGUCUUGGAACCCCAGAAUGAGUGGGUUCUCCGAACCGCUAACGCCAGUUUUAACUGCAGCACAAAACCAACAGGAUGGACGAUCAUGAUCUGGUCACUGAACGGAGUGCUGGCGCUCGCCAUUGCGGAGGGACGUGGUGUGCUUGACGGCAGCGAGCGUUUUUCUGCUCUGAACCACUCUACAACAGCACAGGCUAAGUGGGAGUUUAUCAUCAGGAAUGUGUCACGAAAUGAUGCUGGCCAAGUCAGCUGUCAGGUCCAAAGCACUGAGACAGUGACUGCAGGCCUGUCUGUCCAAGAGAGCGGCUCAGUGGAGAUCGUGGGGUCGAACCGGACUGUGAUGGAGGGAGAUCAGGUUGUUUUCCAGUGUCUAGCAGCGGGCUGGUUUCCUACACCACAGAUAUCCUGGACUACGAAUGGAACACCAGUGGACCAACAGUUCUUUAACACCAGCUCUGUAGAAGUGGGGACUCUGGUGAACUCCAACAGCACUGUCAGGCUCACAGCAGUCAGCAAUGUAUCUGUGGCAUGCCUGGCGUCUAUACCGGCUCUGACUACGCCUCAGCAGAGCAGUGUUUUACUCAUUGUUGAGAAGGUGGAAAAGCCAUCAGGUAUAGACCGGACUGUGCUGAUAGCUGUCACCGUGUCCGUCAGCGCUGUUGUACUCAUAGUCCUCAUCAUCAUUGCAAUCGUCUUCUGCUGUAAAAGGCGAAGAGCAAAGUCAAGCUACCAAGAGGAAGCAAGAUCACACGCGCGAUCACAGACAGCUGGAGAUAUACCGACUCGGGAAAGACAGGGACAGGAUAACCUUGGAUACGUUACAGAUCCUAAAGCAAACGACACCAGCAGUGAAUUAACUGACAGCGGGAUCUGGCAGAGCAGUCACAUCAGCACUAUUCAGAUGCCUCAUGUGAUCAACGGGAGCCAAAGAGACAACAAUCUUUAUGUCAGUCACCCCGUUGGUGAAAACGGUGUCAGGAAACAUAGACAUGUAACUAUAGUGUAAAUAUACAAUGAGAUACAGUGUUUAAUAAGACAUAACAGAUUUAUUUUUCUAGAAAAAAAAAAUUGAAAACUGUAAAUGCAGGAUUAAUUUUAUGGGAAAAUCUUUUUUUUAUCUUGCGAUAUGUGCAAUAAUUGUAGUGCAAUAUACUGUAUGUGCCCUCCUUUUUCAGAAAAAAAAUAUAUUAAAAGAAAUAAAAAAACUUUUAAUGGACUGUCACCGGCUGCAUAGUUAUGGAGCUUAAAAGCUGACAAGUUUUUGUAUAUGAAUUUUCUAUAUUUGAAAUAAAUAUACAAAAUAUAUUGCCUGACUUUAAUAGCAUAAUUCAUUAAUAAUGUUUUUUUUGUGUUCUGAAAUUGUGAGGUGGUAAAAUUAGCUGUUUAAAAUAUAUUUCAAAGUAACACGUUAGAUUUUCAGAUUAAAAAAAUUACAUCCAAAAAAUUUAAUCUAUUUAAUUUAAUUCAUGGCUCUUAAUUUUUUUUGUUUAAAAUAGAAAAAGGCAUUGUUAAAAUAUAAAAUAUUUAAUGUCAGGUAUAUUUAAUUCAAAUAAACAAAAUGCAGAUUCAAAUACUUAUGUCACCUAUAACAUCCAUAUUUUUUUACAGUCAUUGAAGUGGACCAAUAGAAAUUCUCUAAAAUUACUUUCUACAUUGACUUCUACAUUCUAUUGAAUUUUAGUACUUUUUCUUAUAAAGUUAUUUUUUUUGCAUGUAGGGAAAUGUUAUUCUUUUGGGUCCUAGCUGUGAAAUCACGAAAUCAAAAUGAACAUCUUCAGUAUUUCAGAAAUUAAUCAUUUAUUUGGCUUUAUUGUUCCAUUAAUGGCAUAUUAAUUAUCCUUAAUGUAUCCAUUUCCAACACCUCCAAAAAUAUAGCAUUACUCUAAAUAGAGAAAACAACCCCGAAAACAUGUUACUGUAAUUAAGGCUGGGUAUCAGAAUCUGAUUUACAGAAUCAAUUCGAUUCUGAUUCACACAGUUCCAGUUGAUUCAAUUUCUGAUUUGAUUCAAUAUCGAUUUAUUUAGGAAUAUUUCAGUUACAAUUACAAUGUUGUAAUGAUGAAAUUGUAUAGGCAACACUCAAACUACUAUUAUUAAAAAUAUUAGUGAAGAAUUAACCAAGGACAGUUACAUUCAUUCUUUUUUAUUAUUAUUAUUUAAUGUGUCUAUAACAGAACAACAGUGUAACAAUGUAAACAUACGCCUGCCUGUGAUUCUCAUAUAUAUAUAUAUAUAUAUAUAUAUAUAUAUAUAUAUAUAUAUAUAUAUAUAUAUAUAUAUAUAUGCAGCUGGCCCUCCGGCUCUACAGAUGGAUGACGUUAACAAAAACAUGCAUUUUAUGUACACUGGCCUGUUAAUCGCAAUACAAACAAGCAUUCACAAUGUACUGUAUGACCUAAUUCUGUGGAAUUCCUCCACAUACCACAUACUAUACAUCAGUGUAGAGUAAUCAGAACUGACUGCAGAUAAUGCAGUAAAAAUGUGUUUUUUAAUAUCACUAAGGAGCUGUAAUGUGUUUUAAUUGGCCCCCACGAAGAUGCAGAGAGGGGCUUAUGCUGCCGAGCCUUGAAGGCUUGAAAGCAGCAAAGCACAUAACAUCACUCACUCGAGGCUUAAUUAAGUUCCGCUGAGCUACUUGUGUAGAUCUCAUAUUUACUGUAUUGGAUUCCACCUUGGCGCAGUGUGUUCUCCUGCGUUCUCCUGUGAUUUCAUAAUGAAAUUCUCUACAGCAGGGUGUAGAGAACCUUCCUCGCAGAUCAUAAUGCACAGCUUCACUGUAGAUAACUGUUUGCUGUGUUUCUUUCACAGGUUCACUGUUUUAAUAUUUAAAUCGUUAUAGGGUCAGUAUCAGUAUAACAUGCCUUCUGUGUCUGUGGCAUAGUUGUAUAAAUUGCACAAAAAAACUGUGUAACAGGACAUUUCUUUAGAUUUACUCUGAAUGAACAGGUAUUAUUACACGCAUAGAUGAAAUAAUAACGAGCUAUUUAAAUGUGUCACUCUGGGAUAACCCAACCAUUCAACCCUUUCAGAUCUGAAUUAUGUUCUAGGGAUGAAAAAUAUAAGAAUGCAGUUUUUGUCUAUAAUCAGCACAAAAUAAAACACUACUCUAAUACAAAAUCUACAUGAAAAUAAGUCUAACUAAUUUUUUUUCCUUAACAUGAUUCAAAAUUUUCAAAAUCACAAAGAAUUAAUAUAAAAAAAUGAGCUUGUAUUACUUUGCCUUAUUUGUUCUGUAGUGCUGACAUGCCCUAAUGUCUGAGUUACUAAUUUUUUAUUAUAUUUAAUAAUUUUUUUUAUUUAUAUGGUGGUCUGGAUGUGUGGUGUGUUCAGGUCAAUAUCUGGCAUGUUUCUAUCUUAGCGGUGGGAAAUACAAGUGCAUCACUGAUCGAUUUAAACCCUGACAACAGUAAACAGUUAACCAAGCAGGAGCACCGUGUGCCCAGCUUGUUACCCAUGCAAAUAAACGAUCUGCAGCACACAAAUCCAGCUUUUACAUCAAAAAUAAACAAAAUAAAAAAUAAAAUAACAUUGUUGCUGUUGCCCUUAAUGAGCUGCUGGUGUACUUUUACAGCAUGAACGCUCAGGUUGGUAUCCUCUGCUGAGAUGAGCAAAAGCUCCGCGCUGUUAAGAUAAGAAACGCGCCAAAGUCAUAGCACACCUGGCUCUUAAAGGGAAUAACCGGUGCUCUGUAAAUCAAUAAAAUAGGGCCCAUUGUCUUCAUACAUAAAUAAGGUAAAGCCUGAGCUGUCAAACUUGUCAUGGUAAUUUUAGAAAAUCCAAAUCCAAAUCUUUGAACUAGAAGAAGGUCACCAUGAACGAUUUAACAAGUUUGGAGCUCUAGGUUAAACACUGUUUUCAUCAAAUGCUAAUUUUAAAAUAAAAUUAGUCAUGCACUCAGUCAUGCAGCUUACCAUGGCAGGGUGAAGGUAUGCAUGACAGGAAAUAUAAAAUGAAAAUAUAAAGUGAUUAAGCUGUGAAUGUUUGAUUUCUGUUUAAUCUAAAGUCUUAUAUAUAUUAAAUAUUAGGCACAGUAAAAGGCAAAAUAUUCUGAUAAUGACCCUGUAAUUAUAUCACUAAGAUCCUGUGUGUUCAUGUAUUUCUCCAUCCAAUAAGUGAAUCACACCCUGGAUGUACAUGUUUAUCAUUAGCUCAUAUUUAUAGCUCCAUGUCGGCCUGAAUCAUAAACAUUGGCACGCUCCACUUCUUUCUUAUGAAACUUUGCGCUCUCAGUUUCAUGGUCGGUGAGAAUCAGCCAACAGAUUAAUUUUACUGAUGAGCUUUUUAUGUGGUGCAUUAUGCUUCAUGAACCGUUUGCUAUUCGUUUAAAUUACCAAUGUUCUUAUGAAGUGGCCUUUUUAAAAAAAGCUUCCAAGUCGUUGAUUGAACACUCCUUUUUAUAUUGUUGUUAUCUCACUGAACAGAAAUGUAGGAAACUGUCUGAAAGAGUCCAAAAUGUAUUUCUGUAUAAACUGCCUGUAUAUUUUCUUUGUAUUGAUGAAUUGAUCACUGUAAUUAUUUUCUGUGUCCAUUAUUUUGUCACUUUUACAUCGUAUGUCUCCAAAUAUGAGACAAUCAAUUGGAAAAAUGG